UCUUUGUGACAUUCAUUCGGGUUCUGCUCGUGAGAGAGAAGAAAACCGAUCAAUCAUGAAGCUCUCUUUCUCUCUCCCUUCCAAAUCGAAACCCAAAGUCACAGCCGCCGCCGCCGCCGCCGUCGAUGACGGUACAAGCAAAGAGUUCGUCACGGAAUUCGAUCCUUCGAAAACCCUAGCUGAUUCCACUCCCAAACACGUCAUCCCUCCGAUCGAGAACACAUGGAGGCCUCACAAGAAGAUGAAGAAUCUCGAUCUCCCGCUCCAAUCCGGCAACACCGGUUCGGGUCUCGAAUUCGAAGCCGAGGUUCCUUUAACCGAUUCCGAGGAGAACAUCACGUACGGUUUGAAGCUGCGUCAGAAAGCAAAGGACGACGAAGAAGAAGAUCGGAAUCUAGCUCCGAUAGAGCAGCUUAUGAUGCAGAGUUUGAGGAAAGAUCUGGAGUCGCUUGCUGAUGACCCGACCUUAGAGGACUUCGAGAGCGUUCCUGUGGAGGGUUUUGGAGCUGCGUUGAUGGCUGGGUAUGGGUGGAAGCCUGGCAAGGGGAUUGGUAAGAACGCUAAAGAAGAUGUCCAGAUUAAGGAGUACAAACGGUGGACUGCUAAGGAAGGUUUAGGUUUCGAUCUUGACAAGUCUAAGGUUGUUGUUGAUAAGAACAAGGCUAAAGCCAAAGAAAGUGUGAAACUUGAUGUUAAUGGUGGAGAUCUGUUUUUUGUUGGAAAAGAAGUUAGGAUCGUUGCUGGUAGAGAUAUGGGAUUAAGGGGUAAGAUUGUGGAGAAGCUGGGUAAUGAUUUGUUUGCUCUGAAGCUCUCUGGAAGUGAAGAUGAAGUGAGAGUUGGUUUGAGUGAUGUAGCAGAUUUGGGUUCCCAGGAAGAAGAAAGGUGUUUAAAGGAGUUGAAACACAAGGAGAAAGGUAAGAAAGCGAGUAAAAGAAGCCGAGGAACAGAGAGUGUGAGUAGAAAUGAAGUUCGAGUCACUGAGAAGAAGCAUGAUAGAGCUGAGAGGAGAGUGAAGAAGCCCUCAUGGCUCAGGAGUCAUAUAAAGGUGAGAAUAGUGAGCAAGGAUUUUAAAAGUGGGAGGCUGUAUCUUAAGAAAGGGAAAGUUGUUGAUGUUGUCGGACCAACGACCUGCGAUAUCAUGAUGGAUGAGACGCAAGAGUUGGUUCAAGGGGUUGAUCAGGAGCUGCUGGAGACGGCACUGCCUAGGCGAGGAGGACCGGUUUUGAUUCUGUUGGGGAAACAUAAGGGCGUCUAUGGGAAUUUGGUUGAGAAAGAUUUGGAUAAAGAAACUGGUGUGGUUCGUGACUUAGACAACCACAAGAUGCUUGAUGUUAGACUUGAACAAGUUGCUGAGUACAUGGGCGAUAUGGAUGAUGUUGAAUACUGAAACUAUACACUAAACCUGCUUACUUUCAGAUGAGGUGCAGCUUGCAGAUUUACGAGGAACCUCGGUGGAGUUAUGCGUUUGUUGAGUUUACAGACAAAAUUGACAUUGGCUUCAGUGUCUGUCUUCCAGUAAUUUGCACUCACUGUACCAUUUGUAAGAGUACGUACAUGGUAUUGCACCAUUUUAUUCACUACAUCUAUAAACGUUGGUCUGAAUUAAAAGAACUAAUCGAUGAAUUUUACUCGGAA